AUGAAUGUAUUCCUAUCUGCCGGCCAAGAGGCAAAUGAGGCUCGCAAGGCAGCUAGAGAGGUCGAAGACGAAAUCCUCAAGGCCGCUUCUUCACCUGAUGAGUAUCAGAACGCCAUCAAAGAAGCGAUCACGGGCCUGCAAGGGCCUCCGUCAGACAGUCCGGAGCAACAUGAGCAGCCCGAGGGGCCUGAGAUAUUGAAUACUGAAGGGCCCAGCAUUGGAGGUUAUCAAUAUGCCACAUUUCACGCUGCUGGCCAGACGUCUACCAUCUUCAAGGCGCAGGCCAAGGACAGCAUGGCAGCCGUAAAGAUUGUGGCGCUCAAGGUCACGUAUCCAGCGAUGAUGAAACCACCACACCAUUCUGAAAGAGAGGCUCGACUGCUCGUCAAGGCUCGUCACACUCAUGUCGUCCCGCUCUUGGAGACAAUUCGCGAGUCUGGCGGUCGGUUUGUUCUCGUCUUCCCAUUUCUUCGGCAGGAUUUGGAGAAUCUUCUCCGGUCGGGAAGCCUGGACAAAGCGCAGGCCAGCAUGAUCGUGCUUGGGCUCUUCAAGGCUUUAGAACAUAUUCAUGCUCUAGGUAUCAUUCACAGAGAUGUGAAGCCGUCUAACAUCCUGCUUAAGACAAUGAACGGUCCCGUCUACCUGGCAGACUUUGGGAUUGCGUGGUCGCCAGACGACAAAGAUUCCGAAGCAGCAGACGCCAAAAUUACCGACGUCGGCACAACCUGCUAUAGACCACCCGAACUGCUGUUCGGUGAUCGAUCAUACGACACCUCAUUGGACAUGUGGGCAGCAGGAUGUGUUGUGGCAGAGAUUGUCAGGGAGGGCCACGAGCCCAUCUUUGAUGCAGGGCCCGUGGGAAGUGAACUUGGGUUGAUCAAGUCCAUCUUCACCACGCUUGGCACACCAGAUGACCAUGGGUGGCCGUCAGCUAGGAAAUAUCCUGACUGGGGCAAAAUGCGAUUCCAGGCCUUCCCUGCCAAACCUUGGAAAGAUAUCCUUCUGGGUGCUACAGGACAAGCUAUCGAUUUUGUCAGCAAGACUGUUUGCUAUGAGUCCACUUGGAGGCUGACUGCUAAGCAAGCCCUGGAGCAUGAACUCGCUUCUCAAAUCAUAAGAUGA